CCUUCAGACGCGCGCUGAGGUCAACAUGAGAAGUUUGGCGCUUUUCAUUUUAGGUUUCUGUCCUUUCGCGGCGCAAGGCCGACACCCCACCUGUCACUUUCUCCUGGAGCUGGAGCGCGACCGGGCGGACUGCGGGACCCGACUGAAGGAGCAGGACGGGGCAGGAGAGACAGGUGAGGCCAUCUGCCGAGGCGUGUGGGACAGUGUGGCCUGCUGGGACAGAGCAGAAGUGGGACAGACUGUGGUGAUUCCCUGUCCUCGGGCACUCAGGACAUUCUUCAGCAGAAAUGGGAACAUCAGCCGGAGGUGCACGUCAGAGGGAUGGUCCGAGGUGUUCCCAAACAUCUCGGCUGUAUGUGGAGUGGACACCAGUCAGGACCAGCUGCUAUUCUACGUGUUGGUGCAAGCUUUGUACACUGUGGGCCACAGCCUGUCCCUCCUCGCGCUGACCACCGGGAGCGCCAUCCUCUGCCUCUGCAGGAGGCUGCACUGCACCAGGAACUCCAUCCACCUGAACCUGUUCCUUAGCUUCAUCUUCAGAGCUGUGGCUGUGCUUCUCAAAGACCAGGUGCUCUUCAGCAGGGAUGUCCAGUGCUCUCCACAUGGCUCUCUGGUGGGCUGCAGGGCCAGUCUGGUGAUCCUCCAAUAUUUUGUCAUGGCUAACUUCUCGUGGCUGCUAGUGGAGGGACUGUACCUUCACACGCUGCUCCUGGUCAUCUUCUCAGAUAACCGACACCUUCGGGCCUACUUGUUCAUCGGCUGGGGAGCUCCCUGUGUGCUGGUGUGUGUGUGGGCUCUGUCCAGACUCUACCUGGAGGACACUGGGUGCUGGGAGACCAACGACCACCCCAUCCCCCACUGGCUCAUCAACGGCCCCAUCAGCUUGUCCGUCCUGGUGAACUUCUUCCUCUUCAUCAGGAUUGUGCGUGUGCUGAUGCAGAAGCUCCGAGGUGCAGACAUUGGAGGACAUGACCAAUCUCAGUACAGGAGACUGGCCAAGUCCACCCUCCUCCUCAUCCCUCUGUUUGGAGUUCACUACAUUGUCUUUGUGUCUCUGAGCGAGUCAGUGGCCGAGAGGUCCAAGAUCUUCUUUGACCUGGCCCUUGGGUCUUUCCAGGGUUUGGUGGUGGCCAUCUUGUACUGCUUCCUUAACUCUGAGGUCCAGAUGGAGCUGAGGAGGACCUGGAGGAGCCUCUGUCUGAACUGUGCCCUGACCAGAGACCUGCCCCUGACCCACACUGUGUUCAGAACCACCUCUGGACACAUGGUCCACCUCCAGCACGACCAGCGCACCCAGUGUGAGAGUACCCCACUGUGACCCAAAGAGUGCCCUACUGUGACCCCUGAGAGUACCCCAAUGCAACCCCACUGUGACCCAGAGAGUACUCCACGGUGAUCCCACUGUGACCCAGAGAGUACUGCAAUGUGACCCAGAGAGUACCCUAAUGUGUUCCUGUUAGAACCCUGCUGUGACCCAGAGAGUAAAACGAUCUCACUGUGAGCCCGUUCGGACCCAGAGAGUACCCCAAUGUAACCUUGAUCGUGCCUCUCUGUGACUCCAGAAGAACCUCG